ACUUCGCAAAAGCAAACCAAUUAAGGCUAUCCACAACGGCAGGAUGCAAGGUUUGGGGCCAAUGCUUGCGCUAGUUUUUGUUUUGGUAAUAUCUUGGGUGCUUUCUCCAUUUGCAGCUGCACUCAGCACAAAUUACUAUGAUCAUACAUGCCCAGAGGUUGAGUCAAUCAUCACCAGAGUAGUUAAGAAAGCUAUGAUGAAUGACAAGACCGUUCCAGCGGCACUACUUCGGAUGCACUUCCAUGACUGCUUUAUUAGAGGAUGCGAUGGUUCUGUGCUGCUAAACUCAACAGCUAAGAACAAAGCUGAAAAAGAUGGACGUCGAAAUAUUUCAUUGCACGCAUUCUAUGUCAUUGACCAUGCAAAAAAAGAAUUAGAAUCCCAGUGCCCUGGUGUUGUCUCCUGUGCUGACAUAUUGGCAUUGGUUGCAAGAGAUGCAGUUGCACUAUCAGGAGGUCCUAGUUGGAAUGUGCCUAAAGGUAGAAAAGAUGGCAGGAUUUCAAAGGCCACUGAAACUGUACGACUGCCUGAUCCUACCUUUAACAUAUCUCAAUUGCAGCAAAGUUUCUCUGAGAGAGGCCUAUCACUGGAAGAUUUAGUGGCCCUUUCAGGAGGCCACACACUAGGUUUCGCUCACUGUUCAUCCUUCCAGAACAGAAUCCACAACUUUAACUCCACUCAUGAUGUAGAUCCCUCCUUGCAGCCAUCAUUUGCAGCCAGCUUGAGGAAAGUUUGCCCCAUGCACAACAAGGUGAGGAGUGCAGGUUCUGGCUUGGAUUCUUCGGCAAUCACGUUUGACAACAUAUACUACAAGCGAAUCCUUCUAGGCAAGAGUAUUUUCUCUUCAGAUGAAGCUUUAUCGACCGCUACAACUACAAAAGCAUUGGUUUCGAAGUUCGCUAAUUCCCAGGAAGAGUUUUAUACAGCCUUUGUCAAGUCUAUGAUCAAGAUGAGUAGCAUAAGUGGUAGUGGACAAGAGAUCAGGUUGAAUUGUAGAGUUGUUAAUUAGGUAACUUCUUCGACGCGAAUUCAUCAUGUCAGCUACGGCUAUCUCUUUGACUCGCCGUUUUAAUUUGUUUUCUGAGUUCUUAAAAUUAACUAGAUAAGAGAACAUACUUUA